UCAUGCGUCAUCUGUAUAGUAAAGUGCGGUCGGACUUCGGUCAAUGUUAUGAGAGUAUUGGAGUUAUCGUAAAGGUUGUAAAUGAUAAUGUUUUGCCUUGCAUAACGGAUUAGACAAUUCCUAAAAUAUUCAUCAUACAUUUAUGUGAAAGUGUACCUAAUAUAGUAAUGUAUUCAAUAUUAUGACUACUCUUGUAUUUGGUACAGGCGUAGGUACAUUUAUCCUCCUAGCUGUUUGGUCAGCUGCUCUUCUUCUCUGCUUCAUCUCUCUUAGAACAAACCGUAAUGUCGGGCCCAUUGCAGUGUCUGUCGCUGUGUUGGUUAUGGUAGUCCUGCUUCUGAUUCCAAGAGGACCACAGUCACCACCUCCACCUGUUGAUAAGGUUUACGACAAUCUCUUCAUUUGGCGAGUUCUGCUGACUAUAUUUUUGGGGCUAUCUGCUAUCGGAAGUAUUGUCGCUUUCUUUACUCUGGUUCUUAUGGAAUCCAAACAGGGACAGAGAAUCAAGAGUUGGGAAAUUUAAAUCGCACAAAAACCUUUACUGUUGAGGUAAAUAUUAAACUUUGAUAAAAUGGCAGCAGCGAUGAUGAUGUGUUUGCGCCAGAAGGCGGUUUUGAACCGCAGUAUUUCAUGUGCAAGAGGUCUUCUCAAGUCUUUCACAAUCAGUGAUAACGAAGAGUUCAUGGACAAGGUGAUGAACAGCCCUGUUCCUGUGAUCGUCAAUUUCCACGCAGAGUGGUGCGAACCUUGCCACAUCCUCACACCCAAACUGGAGGAGUUGGUCGGAGAGUCCGAGAGUAUCAACUUAGCCACUGUCGACGUGGAGAAGAACGCUGAGCUAGUGCACACGUUUGAGGUGAAGGCUGUUCCAGCAGUCAUUGCCAUACGGAAUGGUCUCGUCAUUGAUAAAUUUAUCGGUUUGGUCGAUGGAGAUAUGAUUGACAACCUUGUACAAAAACUGACCCCUCCUAAACAGAGCAAGUAACAAUUAAAGUAAAGAUGGCUCUUGAUGUUUUUAUCUUGGAAACAAAUAUUCCACUUUGUCACCGGUGCCUAAGUUGUUUUGUUUUAUUAAUGACAUUUUUAUUUACAACUAAACUAAAAUUAACUUCAAUAUAAAAUUUUACUACUCUGUUGAAUUUAUUUUACAUUUAAAAUUUUAAGUAACUUAAUAUUACCAAAAACUUAAGAGCCAUCCUUCAAUAUAUAGAUAGAAUGGAUCUUUAGAACCUUUUCUAAAAAGUUAUUUCUAUGACAAAUAAUGUUUUGCAAAGUUAUUUAUUGAUAUUUUUGUGCUUCAUUUUUUGCAACUUUGUAAAUACUUGCUGCAGUAGUAAUUUAUCCUUUAUUCCUAAUAAUAUUCAAUAAAACGCUGUGUGAACAAAAUUUGUUAAUCUAGAUUUCUGUCCUGUUUUCAUUUGAUUAUUGCUUUUGCUACACAUUUACAAGAUAGGUUCAUAAAUUUGUGUUAGGAUGUUAAUAAAAUAUAGAAAAAUGGGGUAAAUUGCUGCAUUAUUUUAAUAUUUGAAACUCGACAUCAGAGUUAAACAAGUGGCUGUUAUGUGAUAGGUUUUUUUUAAAUAUAUGUUUAGAAUGUUUGAUUAUAAUGUUUUAAAAUAAUGGUUUGAGUGUUGUUAUUUUUAUGGAUUG